AUGGAGCAUUUACUCAGAGGACAUUUUGGUCGAAUCGUAAUAAGUACUUAUACACCUUUAAAGUACGGGUCCCAAAGGCAUUGCCAGAGAGGGAUAUGUAGCACUUGGAGUGGAAGAGCCCUGGACAGGUCUAAGCCUCUUUUAAAACAGCAAUAUUAUUACCAAAGGAGAGAAUAUGGAAUGCUAGUUGUUAAAGCACUUCGUGGUGUUUUAAAAAUUCGUUACUUGCUUCUUGGUGGUGCUGUUGCCGGUGGAAGUGCUCUGCAAAAGAGAUAUACUGACUGGAAGGAUGGACUACCAGAUCUCAAAUGGUUAGAUGACGUUCUGCCGGAUAACGAAAAGUGGCAUCAAUGGAGAACAAACCUGGUUGAAUUUAAGGACAAUGUUAAAAACAACAUUGAAUUAGAUCCUAAAAUUAAAGCAGUGACCGAGGCGAAAUAUAAAGAGUUGAAAAACUGGUUCGAUCAGCGACUCGACGAUGCAAUCGCAGCAGCAGAAUUGCAAGAAGCAUCCGCGAACAGCCAAGGUGCGUUAACUGCCGUUCCCCAGUUUUUAUACAGACUGUACUCAGAAGUAAAAAACGACAUUGUUCAUAAGGCUACAGUACAAGCAGCCAAUCCUUUUUCGAACGACGAAAGGACGAGGAAAGACGCGCAGGAAAGAAUCAACACCAUUCAAGAGGAAAUGAUGCAAACCCAAAUCAAAUACCAGCGGGAGCUUGAGCGAUUGGAAAAGGAAAAUAAAGAAUUGAGAAAGCAGAACUUGCUGUUGAAGCAAGGCAAAAAACCGGUCACUAGGAAAAUUAAACGCAGCCUGAUCGAUAUGUACAGUGAAGUAUUGGACGAGCUGGCCGAUUUUGACACCGGUUACAACACUCAGGAUCAACUUCCUCGUGUUGUCGUAGUGGGAGAUCAAAGCAGCGGUAAAACGUCCGUCUUAGAAAUGAUUGCACAAGCUAGAAUUUUCCCUCGUGGCGCCGGGGAAAUGAUGACAAGAGCACCUGUUAAAGUUACGUUGUCGGAAGGCCCGUAUCACAUAGCGCAAUUUAGAGACUCCUCGAGGGAAUUCGAUUUGACCAAGGAAUCCGAUCUGGCCGAUUUACGGCGCGAAGUGGAGUUGAGAAUGAGAAACAGCGUUAAAGGUGGAAAAACAGUUUCGUCAGAAGUGAUUUCGAUGACUGUCAAAGGUCCGGGUUUGCAGAGAAUGGUAUUGGUAGAUUUGCCAGGAAUAAUAUCUACACAAACGACGGAUAUGGCGGCAGAUACAAGGGAGAACAUCAAACUUAUGACUCAAACGUACAUGAAUAAUCCGAAUGCUAUAAUAUUAUGUAUACAAGAUGGAUCCGUUGAUGCGGAACGAAGUAAUGUUACCGAUUUGGUCGCUCAGUGCGAUCCGCAGGGUAAAAGAACAAUUUUCGUUCUGACCAAGGUUGAUAUGGCAGAAGAAAAUCUAGCUGAUCCUAACAGAAUAAGAAAAAUACUAUCCGGAAAGUUGUUCCCGAUGCGAGCAUUGGGAUACUUCGCGGUCGUAACGGGAAGAGGUAGAAAAGACGAUUCUAUACAAACCAUAAAGGACUACGAGGAGAAUUUCUUCCAAGGAUCAAAAUUGUUCAAGGAUGGCGUUGUUAAAUCUACGCAAGUAACUACCAGAAAUCUGAGUCUCGCCGUAGCGGAUUGUUUCUGGAAAAUGGUGAAGGAAACCGUCGAACAACAAGCAGACUCUUUUAAAGCUAGAAGAUUCAAUUUGGAAACUGAAUGGAAAAAUAAUUUCCCCAGGCUUCGUGAACAAGACAGAGACGAACUAUUCGAAAGGGCGCGCACUGAAAUUUUAGACGAAAUCGUCAAUUUGUCUCAAGUCAGCCCGAGGCAUUGGGAAGAAAUUUUGUUGAAAAAUAUCUGGGAAAAAGUCUCGACGCACGUUUUCGAAAACAUUUACAUCCCCGCCGCACAAACUGGAACGUCAGAAACCUUCAACACAUCAGUGGACAUCAAACUCCGCCAAUGGGCCGACACGGUUCUUCCAUCGCAGUCCGUUCAAUCCGGCUGGGAAAGUCUCAAGACGGAAUUCGAGAGUUUCAUGGCUAAAGCCGCAGAAACCCCCUAUCACGACGAUCUCUUCGAUCAGCUGAAGGAAUCCGUGGUGAAUGAGGCCAUGAGACGUCAUUCAUGGGAAAAUAAAGCAUCGGAAAUGCUUCGUGUUAUACAACUUAAUACUCUCGAAGAUAGAACCAUAGGAGACAAACGCGAUUGGGAUCAAGCCGUCAAGUUUUUGGAGAGCAGUAUUAGAGAAAAAUUAAAGGAGAGUGAAACGGCAUUGAGACAUUUACUAGGACCUUCGAGAAAAGAAAGAUGGUUAUACUGGAUGUACCAAAGCGAUGUGCAAGCGAAAAGAAGAACCAUAAAAAACGAAAUAGACAAUAUAUUAUAUUCUAAUGAUAAACAUCCACCCAUUUUAAGUUACGAUGAAUUGACAACCAUAAGAAAUAACCUUCAACGUUCGAAUGUAGAAACCGAUAACGAAUCGAUCAGAGAAGUGUGGGACGCCGUGUACAGAAGGCAUUUCCUAAACAAAUCCUUGUCGAAAACGUACGAUUGCAAAAAGGCGUUUUUCCUGUAUCAUCAGCAAGCCAGCGACGUGGAUUGUUCGGACGUGGUUUUGUUCCACAGGAUACAGCAAAUGAUGAAAGUUACUGCAAAUGCUCUUCGACAGCAGAUUACUAAUAGAGAAGCUAGAAGAUUAGAUAAAGAAAUUAAAGAGGUCUUGGAGGAUUAUAGUCAAGAUAACGAAAAGAAGGUACAAUUGCUUACUGGCAGAAGAGUCACAUUAGCUGAAGAAUUGAAGAGAGUCAGGCAAAUCCAAGAAAGACUAGAAGAAUUUAUACAAGCACUAAACAAAGAAAAGUAA